AUGUCUGAUAAUAAUCUAACACCUAACACUGGAGUAGAUGAACAAGAUCCAGAACAACAGACAUAUAUACGGUCAGAUUGUGGUAUAAAGGACGUGUGGGCUCAUAAUUUAGAAGAAGAAUUUGCAUCGAUACGAAAAUUAUUGCCAAAAUAUUGUUAUGUAGCCAUGGACACAGAAUUUCCCGGAGUCGUAGCCCGACCAAUCGGUGAUUUCAAGACAGCUGCUGAUUAUCUUUAUCAGUUGUUGCGAUGCAAUGUAGAUCUUUUGAGAAUUAUUCAAUUAGGGCUUUCGUUUUUUGAUGAAGACGGUAAAACACCAACCGGCCAAUAUACGACAUGGCAGUUCAAUUUUAAAUUUAAUUUGUCAGAAGACAUGUACGCUCAAGACAGUAUAGAACUAUUGACAAAUUCCAGAAUCCAAUUUAAAAAUCAUGAAGAGAAUGGAAUCGAACCGAUAGUUUUUGCUGAAUUUAUAAUAACAUCAGGCUUAGUAUUGAUGGAUAAUUUAAAAUGGAUGACAUUCCACAGUAGUUUUGAUUUUGGUUACUUAGUUAAAGUGUUGACUGAUGAAAAACUACCGCAGGAAGAGUCCGAAUUUUUUGAGAUGUUUUCUCUAUACUUUCCAUGCGUGUAUGACAUUAAGUACCUAAUGAAGAGCUGUAAAAACUUAAAGGGCGGUCUGCAAGAGGUUGCCGAUCAGCUAGAAUUAAAGCGCAUUGGACCUCAACAUCAGGCUGGUAGCGAUUCCUUAUUAACAGGUAUGGCUUUUUUCAAAAUCAGAGAUAUGUACUUCGAGGGAAUGAUUGACAGUAAAAAAUACUGUGGUCAUUUAUAUGGCUUGGGAAUUACCACUUUGAACAAUGGUCAAUUUCGAUAUGAUAAUGAUUACGAUAUUUAA